CCAUCCCACCCACCCUUAGCCACGUUCUCACACUUGGAAGGAAUCGGCUCUCGGUACAGGACCGUCCGGAAUUCUCUCUCUCCCUCUCUCCGUCUCUCUCUCUCUCGUUCGGCCGCUGCAGCUUGAGAGUGAGGACAGCAUGCCAGAAUACACCAUCACCUACUUCCCGGUCCGAGGCCGUUGCUCGGCGAUGAGGAUGUUGAUGGCCGAUCAAGGGCAGACCUGGAAGGAGGUGGCGUUGAGCAAAGAGCAGUGGACCAACGGCGACACGAGGAAGUCUUGCGCUUUUGGCCAAUUGCCGAAGUUCCAAGACGGCGACUUUGUACUGGUCCAGUCCAACACCAUCCUUCGCUACCUUGCCCGCCAGCACAAUCUGUAUGGAAAAGACAUGAAGGAGGCCACACUGAUCGACAUGGUGAAUGAUGGGGCUGAAGACCUGCGUGUCAAGUAUGCGAUACUCAUCUUCAAAGAAUAUGAGACUGGGAAAGAUGCUUUCAUCAAGAACAUCCCAGCGGAACUGAAGCCUUUCGAAAACAUACUGGCCAAAAAUAAUGGAGGGAAGGAUUUCCUUGUGGGGAACAAGAUCUCUUACGCUGAUUAUAACCUGGUUGAUCUGCUCUCUAACCUCGAGGUGCUGUCUCCGGGUUGCCUGAAUGUCACCCCCCUGCUCAAGGCCUACGUGGACCGUGUCCUCUCCAGGCCUAAACUCAAGGCUUACCUGGAAUCCGACGCUCACAAAAAACUCCCCAUCAACGGGAAUGGGAAGCAGUGAGCGCGAGGGAGAGGCCCAGGCCCCCAGAACCAGGCCCAGCUAGGCCUCACCGACCUUCGACCCCUUACGCUGCUCAUCUCGUCAGCUUGAUGUCUCCGUAGUUACCACGGUUAUUUCUGGGCCAAAAUAAAACUUCUGGAAACAUU